GAGAAAGGGAGCAAAUAAUACCUGGAACUCCCGUAGAUUACGCUAACCUCUACAUGAAGUGUUGGGAGUCUGAACCUGAAAAACGUCCGGCGCUGUAUGAAAUUUUAACCGAACUUGAAAGGUUAUCUAAAGAGAUAAAAAUUUUGUCGGUCAUUAAUAAUUCAGUUUAA